CGAACGCCAGGUUACGUAAUUAAUAUUCAUGAGACAAACAGGUGUAGCUCUCAGCUGAGCGCAGAUAUUUGCACAAACGUCGAUCAGAGAGUUCGACAACUAAACUGCUUCAUCAUGAGCUUCGAUCUUGGCGCAGCUGUUGGAGAUGAUCAGGUGAAGAAGUCUGAGGGCAAACAAGUGGAGGGAAUCUUUGGAUUUGGAAAGAAGGAUAAAGACAAGGACAAGUGCAAAGACAAAGACAAGGACAACUGCAAAGACAAGGACAAGUCCAAACACAAGAGUGAUUGUAAGGGUAAGGAUAAGGACAAGCACAAAGAACACAAAGAUAAAGAUCAUAAAUGCAAAGACAAGAAGAAGAAAGACAAGGAGCACAAGAAGCACGGUGACAAGUCCUCGUCUUCAUCCUCCAGCGAUUCGGACUAAAGCAGGACUGAAGAUUCAUCUGAUACCUCCAGAAUAAUGUAAAAUUUACAUAAUGUGAUUUUUAUAAAUGCAUAAAUGAAAUAUUAUACAAUGCAGGGGGGGAAUAAUCAAUCUCUUGAAGUUUUUACUAUGUUUUUGAGCUGUAAUCACAAACCUCCACAAGGUGGCGCAACUUACAUGCCAAAUCUUCACUGAAACACUGGAAUAAAGAGACUUAGCAGCUAUUUUGUAUAAAAUUGUUUGCUGGUUUAAUAAAUCCUAAUGUUUGAAAUCA